AUGGCAGGAGGAAAGGACGGAGUGGUCCAGAGGGUGAUUCGUGAGGUGAGCGCCGGGACCGGGUUCCCAAUGCUCACCAAGACCAACUACUCCGACUGGGCACUGCUCAUGAAGGUCAAGCUCAGAGCCCGGUUGCUCUGGACCGCCAUUGAGAAAGGGGGCGUCGAACCCCACGAAGACAUGCAGGCGCUUGACGCGCUCUGCAGCGCCGUGCCGUCGGAAAUGUGGCCGGUGAUCGCGAACAAGGAGACGGCCAAGAAGGCCUGGGAGGCUAUCGCCACCAUGCGGAUCGGCGAUGACCGCGUAAAGAAAGCGUCGGCUCAGAACUUGCGGCGGCAGUUCGACUCGGCGACGUUCAAGGAGGGAGAGUCUGUUGAGGACUACGCGCUGCGUCUCAACAGCAUGGCGUCGACUCUCAACACCCUCGGCGACAAGGUCGAAGAGACGCAGGUAGUGAAGAAGAUAAUCCGCAGUGUUCCCCAGCAUUUCAGGCAGAUCGUGGUCGCGAUCACGAUGCUGCUCGACGUGUCGACGCUCACUGUCGCGGAUUUGACGGGUCGGCUCAAGGCGGCGGAGGAUGCCUUCGAGGAACUGCCGUCGGCUAUGCACCACGACGGCAAGCUGCACCUGACUGAGGAAGAGUGGGAUGCACGGCGGAGGAAGCGUGAUAAUGAGAAAACUAGUGGUGGAGGUAGCAGCAGCGUGACGCACCGUGUCAGACAUGGGCGCGGGCGCGGGCGCGGCCGUGGCAGCGACAAGGGCUCGUCAUCAGGCGGCAUGACGGGCAACUCAGGCCGGCCCAGAGGUGAUGAGUGCAAGAGAUGCGGGAAGCUGGGCCACUGGGCCCGCGAGUGCCGCUCCAAGCCCAAGAAAGAGCAGGCCCACGUCGUCCAGAAUGAGGAGGAGGCCUCGCUCCUUCUCGUGAAGUCAACGACGGCCAGAUCGACGGUGCCGCCACCAACCUCCACUCCACCACGUUUUGCUGCGACUCCGCAGGCAGAGGAUUGGCUCCGGCGUGCAAGCCCACCGCCGCCGGGAGCAAAAGGGGUCCCCGUCAAUGGAGGGGCCGCCAAAGAAGAGCGGAAGCCAGGCGCCCAGACCCAGAUCCACCUGCGGGAAGAGAAGAUGUUCGCCCACCUUGAAGAGGAGGAGCUGCGUGAUGAGGAGGCAUGGGUCGUGGACAUGGGCGCCACGAACCACAUGUCGGGUUCCCGUACAGCUUUCACCGAGCUGGACACGAAGGUACUUGGGACAGUGCGGUUCGGCGACGACUCGGUGGCGCAGAUUGAAGGCCGGGGGGCAAUCGUGUUCCUGUGCAAGAACGGCGAGCACCGGUCCUUCGCGGGGGUGUAUUACAUUCCCCGACUGACGACGAACAUCGUCAGCAUCGGCCAACUCGAUGAGGCCGGGUACCAUAUCGACAUCGAGAAGGGGGCGAUGAAGAUCCAUGAGCCAGGCGGACGGCUCCUAGCAAAGGUCAUGCGCGGAGAGAACAGGCUGUACAUUCUCCACGCCAAGCUGGUUCGGUAG